AUGCUGGCGGGGCUAACUCAGGCGUGCAUUAGAACCUCCACCUACUACCGAUCUCAAUACCGUUCUCAAACUCAUGUCUUCGUGCCGGACGAAUAUCGUCCAAUGCGACCGGAGCGCAGUCUAGAGGCCAGUGGACCCUUGGAAACACAAGACUUUCUAACAAGUAUUCCAACAACCCGACUUGUGCGCAUGGAAGGACCCAACCUCCAAUUCGCCAGUGAGGAGGCUAGAUGGAUGACAAAAGUGAGUAGCCUUCACAAGAUAUAUGCAUUUGUACUGGCGAUGCACAAAGGGGAGAAGGGCGAAGAUAGCAAAUCCCGACCGUUUUGCUUGUCCGCCCUGUGGGUGGUCCUUGGGUGCGACUGUCGAUUCCGCGAACUGGGUGGAGGGAGGCCGGUUAGUCACACGACGCCACGGAGUGGUCAGGCUGGCCCUCUUCCUGCCAGUCUUUCUUUUUCCACAACGCCUGCGCUGGGCGCCGCGGCUGGGAAGCUGCAUCAUCCAGCUCGAAACAGUGCCUACCUAGGAUGCCGAGACAGGCUGCAAAAAUUAGUCAGUCUUGUACACAACACCUGGCCAAAUAAUGACAUUGGACUACGUAUAUUGGACGGAUGGAUCAAACCACCUGCAAGCAUUCUGCGACAUUCUAAAGUGAUCACUAAGCGGGACUACAUGGGAAGGCAUAAACAAACCCUUAAAAUGUCAGUGCCUGAAGAAUUGGUGAAUUUUGAAGCACUGAACAACGCACAGCAGCUGGUUUCUCGAUAUCCUUCCGCUAGCAAUGGCUUAGGUAUAAAAGUCGCCAAUUCAGACAACCGUGUUGUAAUGCAACGACCCCUGCCAAAACAAAGCAACCACACUGAUACACCGCCAAAGUCGCAUAUUCCGCAUCCCUACUCCAUCUACCGCGAUCGCCAAUGGUCUGGACAGGAUCCUGCCGUGGUAGGCUUUGAGAGUCCACGCAGACAACUAAAACAACAUCCUGUAAUGAUGGAGGGAUUUCACUACGCUGGCCGGGCCGUUGAUAUGAUCCUCGUUGACACCAAAAUUGAUGGCUCCUCACGCCUCAGCAGUGUCUAUCCUGGAAAACUCGCUCAGCUCGCCUACUACGGUGCUCUUUUUGAUUGGUGUUACUUUGCUCGUCAGGGUCAUGUCCACUGCUCCGUUAAGCCUGAUUCAAUAAUCACAUCUCAGUGGUUUGGAUGUUUUCCCGGUUCUGCUCAUGCAAUGAGCGCGACAGGAACGCCCAUUCCACUUUCCGCCCUCCGUAUCGGCGAUCACGUGAUGACACUAGAUCCCCGCACCUACAAACUACAACCCACAAGAGUUACUGCAUUUCUUCACCGUGAUGAGCACCAAUAUUCUCCGUGGAUAGAAAUCACCUACUUCCGAAAGGAUGAAACAGUUCCGUCUAAGUUAAGAUUAACCGCCAACCACCUCAUAUAUCGCUGGCAGGGAGGAAAAACUUCGGUUUUCGCCAACCAAGUACAGCCCGGUGAUGAAAUCGCCUGCAACUUGGAUAAUCCCGAGGACUUGUGUCAAGUUGAAAGCACCCGAGUAGUUAAUUCCUCUCUCACGGAUACGGGCGUUUAUGCGCCCCUAACAAGGACCGGUGAUAUGAUCAUCGACGGUGUGUUUGUAUCCUGUUUUGCGCAUAUUCGUAAUGACUGGUUAGCGCAAGUUGCAGUCCUUCCACUACAUUUUGCUUCCACGUUUUUUGGCCUAAAUUUAAUGGAAAUUCAGACAGGUGUUCAUCGUUAUGCGGAAUUGCUGCUUAAAAUUGCGCAAUUCUUGAUACCAGAUCAGCUCUUUACAAGCCGUUUCUAA